AUGGCCGACGGACGCGACUCGCAAAGCGACUCGUCGACUUUUGUAGACGAUGACCGCGAACUCGUCGCGUUGGGCUACAAGCCCAGCUUCAAGCGCGAGUUCAGCAAUCUUGCUACGAUCAGCUUUGCGUUUAGCAUCAUGGGUCUAUGCUCGUCGGUCGCAACGACGUUCAAUACUCCACUGCUCACGGGCGGACCUGCAUCAGUCACCUGGUGUUGGAUUUUGGGUGCCACAAUGUGCUUCACCCUCGGCGCUUCCAUUGCCGAAAUCGUUUCCGCAUUCCCCACGUCGGGCGGUCUGUACACCGCAUCUGCGAAACUAGUCCCCGAGAGGCAUCGUGCCAUUGUUGGCUGGGUUGUGGGAUGGCUCAACAUCCUGGGUCAGAUUGCCGGCAUAUCCUCCACCGAGUUCGGUCUGUCGAACAUGGUGUGGGCGGCCGUAGUCAUUGCAAAGGAUGGCAACUAUGAGGUCACGAACGGCAAGAUCGUCGGUCUAUUCGUUGGAUUGCUCUGCUUCCACGGAUUACUUAACUGUCUAGCAACUCGCUAUCUCGCAAAGCUUACCACUAGCUUUGUGUUUGUCAAUCUUGGGGCUACCAUCAUCAUCAUCAUCGUGCUCCUUGCGACAACACCGCUUCAUGAGAUGCACUCGGGUCCUUACGUCUUCGGCUCUCAAGGUGUGAUCAACGAGACCAACGGAUGGCCAGACGGUCUGGCAUUCUUGUUCGGCCUCCUCUCCGUGCAAUGGACCAUGACGGACUAUGAUGCGACGGCUCACAUCUCCGAAGAGGUUCGCCGUGCCGCCUAUGCCGCACCCGCAGCCAUCUUCAUCGCUGUGAUUGGGACUGGCCUUCUGGGCUGGUUACUGAAUAUCACCAUGGUCGUUUGCUCGGGUGAUUUUGCGAACCUCCCGGGCCCAUCAGGCUCUGCUUUCCUACAGAUCAUGACCAUGCGCAUGGGAAAGGCUGGCGCGCUCUUCCUCUGGACGUUUGUAUGCUUCACGGCGUUCUUUGUGUGCCAGACCGCCUUGCAAGCGUGCUCGCGCACGGUAUACGCGUUCUCCCGCGACCAUGGACUUCCUGACCGUGGCCUCUUCGGAAAGGUCGCUCAAUUCACAAAGACGCCUAUCAACGCCAUUUGGGGUACAACCUUUAUCAGUAUCCUCCCUGGUUUCCUUCAAUUUGCGUCGCCAGUGGCCGCAAACGCCAUCUUCGCACUGUGCGCUAUGGCUUUGGACAUCUCGUACAUCAUCCCGAUCUUCCUACGCCGAGUGUACGAACAUCAUCCUGAAGUCAACUUCAAGCCCGGUCCGUUCUACCUUGGAGAUGGCUUGCUAGGCUGGGCGGUGAACAUCAACUGCAUCCUCUGGACGAUCUUCGUGUCCGUCAUCUUCUCCAUCCCGACUGUCCUGCCGGUCACGAAGGACACGAUGAACUACGCGUCCGUUAUCACGGGCUCCGUCGUCAUCCUGUCAUUAAUUUGGUACUUCCUCGGCGGAAGGAAACACUACAAGGGACCCGCGAGUAACCUGCAGUCGGACGCGUUGCCGAAAGAUCCAGAUCCUCCAGUUUAUGAUGAGAAGAAUCGCGCAGAGUUGAGCGAAAAGGAGGUCUAA